CUCUCAUCCUCAUCAUAGAUGAAUAUGGAUCUUUCCACAAUUCCUCCAGAGAUCGACCCCCCAACAGAAACACAUCCCAUGUUAACGGGAGAGCUAGAUUAGCAGAUUUUGGCAUCAGUAGACGGUUAUCCAAAGGCCAAACAACUUAUCGCACAGGCAGUGCAGGAACAAAAUGCUGGAUGGCCAAGGAGACUUUAACAGAAGAAGGUGACACUGACAUACCAUACAAGUCCAGCACUGAUAUACAGGUGGCAGGGAUGGUGAUCUAUUAUAUCCUCUCUGGACGACACCAUCCUUUUGGCGACAAACCCUACGAAUGUGAGUACAACAUUCAUAAAGGGAACUACAGUUUGGACCAUGUUCAAGAUGUGGUGGCAAAGGAUCUCAUCGAGGGGAUGAUCAAUGAAGAACCAAAGAAAAGACCUAAAGUAGAAGAAUGCUUGAAACAUCCCUUUUUCUGGACCACUGACAGGAGAGUUGAAUACAUGAGAAGGGUUGGCAACAGGGAGGAGGUGGCAAAGUGUCGAAAUGCUGAGCAGGAACUGAUUUGUUCAUUUGAAAGAUGUGCCGGGGAUGGAUCCUUCAAUCAGUGGAAAAACAAGUUUCCACCAGAGUUGGUCCAGAAGUUGGAUGGCAAGAACAAAGCCUACCCUGACAACACACUGGGAUUACUGCGCUUCAUACGAAACCUCCAUGAGCACUAUGCCCAGGAUGCAGCACAACUUGAUGUGAUAGCGACAUUUCCUGAUCUCUUUGGAUGUGUUCACAAGUUUGCCAAGACCCAAGGUUGGAAUUCAGAGAUCCCCUUGAAGGACAUGUUUUGAGUCGAAGAAAUCAUCACCAGCUUCGCCAUGCCAUCCACAAGCCGAGUUGAGGAGUCUCAACCAAGCGACUUGAAGUGAAGUUGACUUCCAAAAGACAACUGGGUCAAGAAGUGUUGUCUUCCAGUUCUAUAAUCUUUCCUCAUGGGUUUUUAUAUUCAUAUUUCAUAUAUUCAUAUUUCCAAACGAGUGUGGGCAAUUUUAUAAGGAAACUGGUAAAGGAGAGGAGUCUUUAGACUUUACUGUCCAAACUUAACCUUUCUUUUAGUGUAUUUGCCACAACUCCAACCAGCUCCCGUAUUCCUCCUGGUUUCUGCUCUGUUUUUCCCCCAGCCACAUACUUAUUCUCCCGUCAUUUCAUAUCCAACAACUCCCUUCUGCCUUUCAAUAACCUCUUUCUCCUCCUCAUCCCCAUCGUCUGACCUUCUCUGCCUCACCUACAAUAAUUCCCAUUUCCCUCACCAGUCUUGCAUUUUAUAUACUGGCCCAUUUUCCAUUUUUAUUGUCAACUUUGCUUAUGCCUUAGCUUGGUACUCAAAUGUUAGUAAAAUGAUUCAGCCAAUUCCAAUUUUUGUUUGGUCAUCACAAUAACAAUAUAAAAGUAAUGAAUGGUAUUGCAUCUUUGUAAAACAUGGAACCUUUCCGACAUACAGAUUCUGUGUUUAUUAUUUUUAUUUUAAGAUCAUUUAAAUACAUUUAUAAACAAAAAAACAACAGGAGUGUUAGUCGUGUUUCAUCAUGUUUGUGUUAUGGUUACAUGAUAAUAAAAUAAUCUCUCCCAUUUCAAUGCAGCCAACGUUCACCUU